CAAUUUGGCACAACAAUAUGACAACGAACAGGAAUAUGACCGUAACCGAAGAGGGAGAUUGGAGUUUCCAAUGCCGUGAUAUUUUCACCCAUCACAACAGGACGUAUACCUACCCCCUGACAAACGCGUUUGUGCAGUUCUCGUACGCCAUUGGCAUCAUCAACUGUUCUGCUGUCCCUUUUACGAUCGUCUGCAACCUCAUUCUCAUAGUGGCCAUUCGCAUGAACAAGAGGCUUCAAACGAAAACAAACUUUGUCAUACUCAGUCUCCUCGUUUCAAAUCUACUUGUUGGCUUGUUCUCCCUCCCAUCACACGGUGCAUUCGUACUACUGGUGGCGAUGCGAAUUUCCAAUUGCGCUAUAAGAGCCUUUACAUCAAUCUUCAGCUCAACUGUUGCCGUGACAUCAAUUCUUUUGACAAUACUCUUGUCCUAUGAAAGAUAUACUGCAUUGAAGAAACCCUUUUUGUAUGCUUCAAAGUUUACAAACAAAAAGAUCUUUUUCUUCGCCAUAUCUUCUUGGCUUUUGGCAUUUGCAAUCAUACUUGGUGCGGAAACGAGGCCUACAGCAAUGUAUGCAAGCAUUAUAAUGAGUUUAGUCAUGCUAAUCGGCUAUGUAUACAAUAUUUUUGUUCAUUUAAGCCUGCGUAAAGCGGUUAGGAGAAUACGGAGGAAUCAGGUUACCAUCAAAGUAGCAAAUGAGGAUGUGAAUUUGGCUGCUGAGCAGGAGAAGGCAAGAAAAGAAAGCCGCACCAAUAGGUUCACAGCCUAUGUAAUCGGCUUACAGCUGAUUUUCAACCUGCCGGCGAUUAUCGUAUACUCCUCCCUGAGCUAUUCCGGCCAGGGUCCGGUCCCAUUUUACAUUGUGGACACGAUUAUGUGUUUGCACGCCACAGUAAGCCCGGCUUUGUACCUCUGGCAGUCACCAGGCUUGUUUAAAGCAGUUCAACAUCUGUUCAACCCUUCUGUCUCUGUCCAGGAAUGACCAACUAGCUGGGACACUUACUUUUUUUUUCUUUUUUUUUUUGGGACACUAAUCUGGGACACUUACUUUUUGGCUGCAUUCAUAAAAAAGUCUGCUUGAAACUUCUCUUAAUUUAAAAUAAUACAUCUUUAAAGGUGAAAUAACAAAGGAAUGUUUUCAUUUUCGAUGAAGUGUACUCAUUGGCAACGCCAGUUACUGGAGUUUUCAGUAAGACCACGCCCAUUUUGCCUCGUUUCAGUUCUUCGUACCAGCUAAAUUUUCCUUAGACAAAAACAUGAUCUACCCUCACUUAACGGCCUUUUAUCAAAUUUCUGUUAUAUAUUUUGACGAAAGUAAUUAACCCCUAUCCUUGACGCCACAUGUCGGUGUACAAUUCGUAGUUGUGGCAGUGUAUGUUAUGGAUAGCUUCUGUCUUUACAAAGCAGCAAAAUGAAGUAGGCUUCGCAGAUUCUUUUUUGCUGCCCAAUUUAUACCACUGGUAAACAAUUUGCUGCAUGGGGAGUGGUUUUCCUUUACGUGUGCAGCAACAAUAGGGGAGAAUCAGUUAAGAUAUUGAGCCGAGUAUCCUUGAUAAAAUAUGGGCAGAAAUACAUACUCGAUGUACAAAAGAUUUCUGGAUUUUUGUCUAAUCUUGGGACUUUACAUAUUUGUAUAGUUGCUAAUUUAAUAAUUAUUUUAAGACAAUAAACACGUGGUCAGUAUUUCAAUAAACAUGGGGUCAGUAUUAGAAACAAAAGCCACCACCCCAAUCCUUAGUGAUUUCAGCUAAAAGGGGUGCUGUUUGCAAGCAGAAAAUAAUCCUGUAGAUUUAUUUGAUCCACAAACAUUACGACGGAAAAUGAAGGAGGCGAGUUAUCCCUUAGAAGUAAGCCUUCUCCUUUGGUGGUAUGUGUAUCAUUGCUUCCUUGCGGUUGAUAAAUUUUUUCGUGCAAACUGGCAGUAUAAACCGUUUUCGUUACAAUAAUUGUUUUGUAAGAAACAAAGUUGUGUACUUCAGUUUCUUAACACUGUAGAAAGUUUCUAAAGAACUUCUUACGUAUGAAGUCAUCAAUUUUAACGUUAGGUUCGUACUUUUUUCGCACUAAGGGCCAGUUCAUACGCCGCAUUUCCGCCGCAGCGAAUUAAAGUGCAAUUAGAUGCGACAGUAUUUUCCUGAAGUUUUUGUUUUGUUUCAGACGCCGAAUUUAAUCAAGCCCUGUCAAAUUUAAUGUGGUUCAAAAUCCUGCGCAGCGCUACCGAUGUGAUUCUCUUUUCUAGUUUCUCCAUGACAACAUGGUGCCAACAAAUCAGUUUUUGGCCAUUCUGAUUACGUUGAUGAAUAAAAAUAGCAUGCUUGUGAAUAAUUAAAUAGGACGAGCUAGUCAGAAAAAAUUGAGACAUCUUCUUCUGACCACUUUGUUAAGAAGGCAGUCAAUAUUGUCGAUUUGGUAUCAAAUUAUAUUGUUGAUGACAAGCAGUCAGAAUCUGUAGACUAGGUUUUUCCACUUUUGGUUUUCUCGCAAAAACGUUUGAAGUUUCGAUCGAAAGGCAGCCAUUAUAACCAAAGACUAUGAGAUUCAUAAAUUUUGGCCGACACAGCACAACUAUACGCAUGCGUAUUGCCAUUGAAUCACUCUUCGAUCAAUCAAAAUCAAUAUCAAUCACAACUUUCAUUGAGUUCGCUGCGGCAGAAAAACAGCGUCUGAAAUCAAGCCGCAUUUCUGCUAAAACUAUUAUUUAAAUGCGGCCGCUUUUCUACCGCAUUGAAUUGAUAAAUUCUUAUUCGGUUUCAGACGCCGUAUUUUGCCGCAUUUAAAUGACACUGAAACUUUUUCAGAUUUGUCAAUUUAAUUCGCUGCGGCAGAAAUGCGGCGUAUGAACUGGGCCUAAGAAACUUCCCAAUAGAAACCUAUUUGAAAGAUCUUUGUUGCGGCAAGCGCCAAUUUUUAAGCAACUGGCUUAAUUCUACAGUAUAAUCCGAUGUACUUUAAGGGACCAGUGUAUUACGUACUUUAUAUCCAAAGUACGUUGUAACGAGGGUAAAUAAAAGUUGACUAAAACCAAGCACACCUUUUGCUGGGACCAAGCACACCAGUACGUUAUAUCCGAAAGUACGUAAUAACCGAGUACGUUAUUACGGGAUUCUAUUGUAUUGUUUUCUAAUACUUGUGAUAUUUCUGUCAAGAGAUUCGCUUCUGUCUCAAUAAAUGCACCGUUGGAAUGUAUUUUCAGACUCCGAGUAUCUUCAGUUUUAUGUCAACCAGCCAAUCAUGAUGACAGCAGUUCACAAAAUCACUGAGUUCUAGAAGCUUUCAAAAUUUUGUUUGUUUCUUUUUUUCUUCAACUGAGUACUAAAGUUUCUUAAUUUUCAAGAUGGCCUUAUGAUCGUUUUUGGUAGCGAGUUUCUUGAUGAGUGUAUCCGCAUAGGUGAGCGCAAUCUUGUGACACACCGAUCCCAAUUGGUUUCCAUAGCAACAAGGAAACAUCUUUAGACAAGAAAACGAAAUUUAUAAUGACUCUUUAAAUAACUUAAGAGUUAAACUUUUAUGCCUGUGGUGUAUCAUAAUUUCUGGUUUCAUAAUUUCAUGUAUCAUAAUUUCUGACGGUAGGUAGUUACUUUUUAAUUUACGUUGUAUUUGAAAAGCAAAGAACCCUUGUUGUCUAAGUCUAUCUCAUUCAAUCUCUCCUAGCCCGUUUGAAAUCUUGUUAUUGCUAAAGUGGACUCUGAACCUUUUGUGAAUUCUACUGAAAAUUUUUAUACCGCGAUUAACGGAAAAAUUCAGAUUAAGAUUCAUUGCUGACGGUUUGAUAAGCUGGCCAGCAUCGUUUUUCCAAAAAAACUUUCAUCAAUGUUUUUCGCAGUUUACGCGCAAAAUCAUUUCCCAAAAAACACAGGAGAACAGGUUGCAAAUCCAAGCCCGCUUUUAAAAGCACGAUGAAAUGUUAAUCCUACCUCUCAGAUAAUCCCACUCUCUGAUAAUCCCACUCUCUGAUAAUCCCACUCUCUGAUAAUCGUGCCUUCAACAUAAUUAUACCCAGGGCAGCGGGAGAGGAUUUAUUGGCCCCGUGUCAAAUCGAAAGAAAGAUAAAAAGGCACUUGGAAGGCAGGCUCAUCUAGGGAGUCUGACGAACAUUUUUGAGAGGAUGGUUGCUAAAAUAACUUUGAUGGUCAUGAAAAAAUCUUUAAAAGUGAAAUAUGUUCGAUUUCUAAAUUCAAGCAAAUCUUUCUUAUAAGCUUCUGAUUGAGUUAUUAUUCAAGAUUGCCUUGUCUAUUCUAAUUGAGUUAUUAUUUCAGGGCCCUUAAUGACCCCCCUGGCCCCCCUCCUCUCCUCAGGACUGUUUAUGCCUCUGCUAACCAAAUUUCUUCAUUCUCAGUAGACAGAAUAUAACUCAAAAGAAUGGCGUUAAUUACAAGAAUCCUCAAUUUUUAUCGCAAAGAAUAAAAAGAAACAGGAUUAAACGCUAUGGAAACAUUAAACUGCCUUUACGCGAUUAAUUGCAAUAAAAGCGAGAGGUUACACCAGAUGUACAAAAAGUAUGCAAAUUUGUAAAAUUCUCUGCAUAAAAAGGAGUUUAUCAAAAUUGAAGUUUUCAUGCAAUCUCAAGCUUUAAACUCGUAUGUGUAUAUAUAAUGCCAUCAUGGCAAUACCUUGUGGCAAAUGUAAUAUUGUGUCAAAAGAAGUUUUGAAAGGCCCAAUGAAUUCGAUAAUGCAAGCUUGGCAUCGUAUAGCAACACUGUCUUACCUAUCCACAAAGAGGUCUCAAACGUUGGUUUGGUGAUAUCAACAGCGACGUACUGUUCAUGGAUAGCUUCAUUUUCGAGAGGGAAAGCUAAGCAUCUACUUAGGGUUUUUGCAUGCAAUCAGUUCUCGUAUUCAGGCUGCAAUUUUUACAGACUUCAGUGAAGCCUCUAUCCCGAGCUUGAAAUCUGAGUUCCUUUAUGAUACAUAGAUGAUUCCGUGCUCAUAGUUGCCUUAGCUGAUAUCGAAUUAUUGAUGCAU